CUGAUUAGAGGCCGUGUGAUGGGAUGUCCCAGCCGCACUUAGUAGCUCUUGGGGUAUUUUCCCGCACAAAUCCACCGAGGCAGGCGCGGUGGUUGCCCGGAACGACCCUAACGUAGCCUGUGUUACCGCGGGGGUGUUGUUAGGAGCCGGACCGGCUAGUGAGCGAAAGGAACGGCGUUCGAGGCAUCCAUGGCCGGUGUAAGCGUUGUUUCCCCCGUGCCGGAGCCCGGAGCGUUGCUUCGGCUCAAUGUGAACGUGGGCGUCCUGGGCCACAUUGACAGUGGCAAGACGGCGCUGGCGCGGGCCCUCAGCACAAUCGGUUCCACGGCCGCCUUCGACCGAGCCCCCCAGAGCCGAGCUCGGGGCAUCACCCUGGAUUUGGGCUUCUCCUGCCUGUGCACCGAGCUGCCCUCACACCUGGGGCUUGGGCCUGGGCAGCUUCAGCUAACCCUGGUGGAUUGCCCGGGACACGCCUCCCUUAUCCGCACCAUUAUUGGCGGUGCCCAGAUCAUUGACCUGAUGAUGCUUGUGAUAGAUGUGACAAAGGGGAUGCAGACUCAGUCAGCAGAAUGCUUGGUUAUUGGGCAGAUUGCUUGCCAGAAGAUGAUAGUUGUUUUGAACAAAAUAGAUCUUCUUCCAGAGGAGAAGCGGCAGGCUGCUGUUGAGAAGAUGACAAAAAAAAUGCAGAAGACCUUGGAAAAUACCAAAUUCCAUGGAUGUCCUAUAGUUGCAGUUGCAGCAAAGCCUGGUGGAUCUGAAGCCUCUGAAACAGUGACACUGAUAGGAGUUUCUGAGCUAAUUGAGGUCCUGAAGUCAGAGGCCUACCUACCAAAAAGAGAUCCCUCAGGAUCAUUCCUUAUGGCUGUUGACCACUGUUUCUCCAUUAAGGGUCAAGGCACUGUAAUGACAGGAACUAUUCUUUCAGGCUGUGUUAGCAUUGGAGACAAUGUGGAGAUUCCUGCCCUGAAGGUGACAAAGAAAGUCAAGUCCAUGCAGAUGUUCCAUACUCCAGUAACAUAUGCCAUGCAGGGUGACAGGGUAGGCAUCUGUGUCACACAGUUUGAUCCAAAGCUGUUGGAACGUGGUCUUGUAUGUACGCCUGAAUCUCUCCAGACAAUUCAUGCUGCUAUAAUCUCUUUAAGCAAAAUCCCAUAUUUCCGAGGCGCUCUUCAGACCAAGGCAAAGUUUCACAUCACAGUUGGUCAUGAAACUGUUAUGGGAAGAGUAAUGUUCUUCAGCCCGGCUCCAGAUGAUUUCCACAAAGAACCCUUGGAGAAUGAUUUUGAUUUUAAAAAAGAGUUUCUUUAUCAAGAGGAAUAUCUUUCAAAAGACUCAAAACCUUCAGAGGAAAACAAGGAGAAUGACCAAACUGGGGAAAGACAGCUCCCAAAACAACAGUGGGCCUUACUGGAGUUUGAAAAACCAGUUACUUGUCCUAAGUUAUGUCUUGUAAUUGGUUCAAAGCUGGAUACAGAUAUUCAUGCAAACACUUGCAGACUGGCAUUUCAUGGAAUACUGCUGAAAGGGAUGGAAGACAAGAAUUAUAUGGAAACAUGUCUUCCAGAACUGAAAGUUUACAAGCUGAAGCAUAAGGAUGGACAAGUUGAGCGGCUGUGUGAUGAUUACAGUGUGAUUGGUCGUUCAUUGUUUAAAAAAGAGACCAACAUACAACUUUUUGUGGGGCUAAAGGUCAAGUUGUCUACAGGAGAGGAAGGAGUGAUAGAAGGUGGCUUUGGGCAGAGUGGGAAAUUUAAAAUCCACAUUUCAGAUGGGGUGAGGCCAGAAACAAAGGCAAUUCUGACUGCCACGUCCAAGAAGAAGCCCAAGGCAGGGAAGGGAGAUCCAGCAAAAGAGGAUGAAAGCAACAAGGUUGACUCAGCCCAGCCUGUUCAUAUCACUCUUCUCUUCAAAAGAUACAUCUUUGAUGCACAGAAGAAAAUGAUUCAGUCCUGAGAAACAUCAGAAGUGUCCUUUUAAAGGCAGAAGACCAAAAUGACUUCCAUCAGAAUGAAGUAGUUAUUUCCUUCAAUUUUGGAAGGUUUUAAUUUUGGUCAUGGAAAAGGCAAUGCCCAUGAACCAAAGACUGAAGCCCCGAUACUGCUGCUGUCCUCAGUGGUCUGUAGAUUAUAUUUCUGAUUUUGCUAUUCCAAUCCACCUUGCCUUUAACUUGAAGCCAUCUGUUGAAAUUGUUUAGUUGCUUUCAUAGCUAACACAACUGCUUUUCACAUAGAUCAUAUUUUCUUGAAUUUUUUCAUCAUUCAUGAUAGUCAGAAAAUUGAUUUAAUGUGAAAUUUCACUUGAUGGGAAGGCAAAAUAUAACAAUGAUGUAUGCUGAAAGUAAAUUUUUUAUGUUUAAUUAUCCAGAUGUAUUGUUUGUAUGGCAGGGAUUAUCUUGUAAAUGAGGAUACACUGUGAAUACCGUUUAUAACUGGCUUCAGUAUCAGAACAUCUUUAGGAAUGUAUGUACUUUCAUGGUAUAUAUUGUUAACUUUUCUUCUUUCAGGGGUUUAGAACUGCUUUUGUAUAAUAUGUUUAAGUAAACUUUUGAAAUCUGUUUUCCUCUAAGAAAGUAGGUAAAAUAAGCAACUCUGAGCUACUGUUAAGUAAACCUGCUGAAGAUGAAUGCCGCUAAGUAUCUCUGAAUCCAUCUUCAUUGUUAUUACCAAGGUGUCAUAUUGUGAAAACUAAACCAAAUAAAGGUAUAAAUAUAGUGAA